AUGGAUGUGGAGGAAAAUAAAGAUCGAGUUGCUGUGGUGCAGUACAGUAAUGAUGCAGCAGCAAAUUUCUACCUGAAUACAUAUUCAACCAAGGAUGAUGUCCUUAAUACCAUCAAAGGCUUGAGACAUAAAGGUGGAAGACCCCUCAACACUGGGGCAGCUCUCCAGUUUGUUAUGGACAAUGUCUUUACUGCUUCUUCUGGUAGCAGGCGUCUUGAGGGUGUUCCACAGGUUUUAAUUCUGCUGACUGGUGGACGUUCCAGAGAUGAUGUUGGGGCUUCAGCAACUGCCUUAAAAGGUCUUGGGGUUGUGCCGUUUGGUAUCGGAACAAGGACUGCAGAUAUUAGGGAGUUGCAAACAAUUUCAUACUACCCUACUUUUGCUCUUUCUGUUUCUGACUUCUCUGACCUUCCAAACAUCCAGCAGCAACUUCUAUCCUCUGUGACAAAAAUUUCCAGAGAGAUAACAACAGAGACACCAUCAAUCAUAGUUGACAAAGAAGGUGCCAAAAGGGAUGUUGUGUUUCUACUUGAUGGUUCUGAUGAUACUAGGAAUGGAUUCCCAGCAAUCCGUGAUUUUGUUCGAAGAGUAGUGGAGAAUAUGGAUGUGGAGGAAAAUAAAGAUCGAGUUGCUGUGGUGCAGUACAGUAAUGAUGCAGCUGCAGCUUUCUACCUGAAUACAUAUUCAUCCAAGGAAGAUGUCCUUAAUACCAUCAGAGGCCUGAGACAUAAAGGUGGAAGACCCCUCAACACUGGAGCAGCUCUCCAGUUUGUUAUGGACAAUGUCUUUACAGCUUCCUCUGGUAGCAGACGUCUUGAGGGUGUUCCACAGGUUUUAAUUCUGCUGAGUGGUGGAAGGUCCAGAGAUGAUGUUGGGCCUUCAGCAACUGCCCUAAAAGGGCUUGGGGUUGUGCCGUUUGGUAUCGGAACAAGGACUGCAGAUAUUAGGGAGUUGCAAACAAUUUCAUACUACCCUACUUUUGCUCUUUCUGUUUCUGACUUCUCUGACCUUCCAAACAUCCAGCAGCAACUUCUAUCCUCCGUGACAAAAAUUUCCAGAGAGAUAACAACAGAGACACCAUCAAUCAUAGUUGACAAAGAAGGUGCCAAAAGGGAUGUUGUGUUUCUACUUGAUGGUUCUGAUGAUACUAGGAAUGGAUUCCCAGCAAUCCGUGAUUUUGUUCGAAGAGUAGUGGAGAACAUGGAUGUGGAGGAAAACAAAGAUCGAGUUGCUGUGGUCCAGUACAGUAACGAUGCAGCA